AUGGUCAUCGUUAUUAAAAAGACAUUAUUUGCAUUUUUGGUUCUUUAUUUAUUUUUUGCUCUUGUAACUACACUUCCAACUAUUUCCCCUCACCUUCAACGUCGCGAUGUAAGUGAAUAUAUCGCAAAAUUCAUUGGAGAAUUUGUAGGAACUGUUACAUUUACUGAUGCUGAAGUCGGCGAUCAAUGCGCAAUUUUAGUGUCGUUUUUAAAAGGAUUUAAACAAGACAAAGACUAUAGUUUUUUAAUUGAAGAUGAUGCUAAAGAGUUUCACGUCGAACUGACCAUAACUCCUCUUCUAACUACGGGUAAGGUUCUUGAAGCCGAAACAUUUUGUGAAAAUCUUGCCGGUAAAGCUCUCGUUAUUCUUGCGUUUGAUCUGGAUGGUCAGAAAGAGCCGAAAGAAGUUGGACGUACCACAAUUGAGCCUUUGAUGAAAGCUUCAAUUAAUUUAGUAUAA